AUGGUUUCCACUCGUCGUACCAAGAACGUUUCGAAGCCUGAGCCUGAGCCAGCUCCAAUGCCAGCUCUCCCGACGCCAGUCACGUCCAAGACCAGCAAGAAGCGUGGCAGCGUGGCAGUUCAGCAGCCGGACGCCGAUGAGACUCCGGCUAAGAAGGCCAAGAAGAAGGCCGAGCUGACUGUCGGUGAUGUUGAGGCAGGUGGUUCAGCCAUCGUGCCCGGUGAAGUUGAAGAGGAAGUGGGUGAGGGUGAUGAAGAAGAAGAGGAAGGGGAUGAUCAUGUGUACGAUCCAGAGGCGGAGGCUCUUGGUCGUCUAGUUGAGAACGACGACGAUGAUGACGACGAUGAGUACGGGGAAGAUGAGCCUGCGGUCCAAGAGUAUAUCGGCAAGGGCAAGGGCAAGGCUGUGCCUGUGACCAAGAAGGCAGGCCAGAGACGCAAGGGCAUUCGGCUACCCAAGUUCGAUGUGGCCGCCUUUCAAGCCAUCGACAUUGGGAAGGUGGGUCCACUACCACAGAGGACUCAGAGCCAACAGAAGAGAGCCUUGGCGGAAUACGAGGGUCGGAUGAAGAAGUUCAUACAUUUUCGCCACAAGCUUGCCAAUUCUGAGGAGCACUGGACGGAAGACUUCCCGUUCACACGGUCCGCGAAGUUGUGGUGGAAACACCAUUCUGAAGACGAGGCAUGGCAGUGUAUAUCGAGUGCCACCACUCGUGAUCGACAGCUGGUGUUGGGCGGCAUGUUUCUCGGCAUUUAUGAUUUCUCAGACUUGCCGGCUCCAACACCAGAGGAGCUCAGCCACUGGGUCGUGUAUGGUGACCUGGUCAACGAUGCUGAGAUGUAUGGUGGUAGCGGUACAGCUGCUCCAAACAACGGGGCCGCUUUUAACAGGCUGAGCCACUACGAGAAGGCAAAGAGGCGAGCCAAUGCAGGCGAGGACGUCUCAAAAGAUACCGAGCAGAGCGCCCAUUUGCGCAGUGCCCUUCGCCCAGGGAUCGAGAUGAAGCUGCGAGUGACUUCAGUGUUCGAUCCGCUGAAAACAAGAGUGGCGGAUGUCUUGAUCUCGGAAGGCCUGACAGUCGACUACCUGGGGUCACAAGAUCAAUCGAGUGGGAAACUCUCCAAGUGGAACAAUCGCGCUUCAAUCCAGGCGGCCAAGGAUGUGGUUCCAAAGCCGAAGUGGAAAGGCUUGAACAGAGUCAGUCCCUUCAUGCAGGGUAUCAAGGGGGAUGCCCUCAAACCGCGGAUCCUUGAAGCUCAGAACUUCCACUGUGAGCUGUGCGAGCAUCGUGGAAUGGAGAAAUACAACUUGUGGAGACCACCCCAGCCACGUCUCGGUUGCAAGCAGGCGUACAUUUGCAACAACUGCUGGGAAUACGCCUCCAAACAUCCAGAGAUGGACACUGAUGGGGUGAAGAGACGUGUGUUGGCUUAUCGCUCAGCGGUGGACGAAGAUCCCCGCCAUAUCAAAUGGCUUAUGGAUGAAGGAAUGACUCAGGAAGAGUACGAGCAGUCCUUGCGCGACCAAGACUGCAAGUGUCCAGGUUGCGACAAGAAGGGACCCAGCCCAGAUGUUGCAGGCUGGCGCGAUGCAUGGCUUCGCAAUAUACGUCAUGGAGACGUGUUCGCCGAGUCCUGGCUUUGUACGGGAUGCAGCGCGGCGUUUAACUUAUAUGCCAGGCAAGGCUUGCCGAAGGAAGAAUGGCUCGCGAGAAGGAGACACUUCCUCGGCGAGGGUCUCGAUCAACCACUCCCGAACGACGCAAAUGGGGAGCCGAUCUCCGGGAACGCGAGAGUAGCAUUCAUCAGGACCAAGGAAAAACGGGCACAACAGUUCGAGGAUCUGCAAGCCCAACAUAUGGGGUGUUCGGUGUGCCAAAUCGACUUCUGGAAGGAGGUGAAGGGUCCGAUCGACUUAUUUGGAUUGGCCCAAGGCACACAGCCGGGGCAGCUGCCGAGCGAUUGGCCAGAGUGUGGUGUCGUUGGUCGAAUCGUCUGCUCCAAGUGCGAGAGAUGGUGGAGCGACAGAAUUCAGGGCCGAAAGAGGACGAAGCCAAAGCCAUCGCUGGAAAUGGCCAAGGAGAUUCUCGCCGUUAGGCGAGCCAAGCUCAACCCUGCCGAGUCUGUCGGGGCGGCACAAGCAUGAAGUCGAUCUUGCAUUGACGAUGCUGAGGAUGAUUCGCAGGUACCAGAUUGUUGGGAAGCCUCUGUGGUUAUUUUGAUACCAGAGGUCACUGAGGGUGGACCUGUUUUGGUCCUGACAGCCCAAGGAAGUGACACUCACGAGCGGACCUGUUUCGGUCCUGACAGCUCGGUCUUUGCCAUUGGCAAGCAAGAUAUCAUCGAGGGCGGACCUGUCUUGGUCCUGACAGCCUGAGGACGUGAUUAUCGAGGGCGGACCUGUUUCGGUCCUGAGAGCCCUGAAAUCAUUUGCCGUGACGCUGGCGGAAAAGCACAACGCUAACG